UUCUUCAUUUUUUUCUUGAUUGUGUUCAUUUUUGUUAGUUUCUUUCGCGGUUCCAACUAGUCAACUACAUUCUUUUUCUUUUUCAAGUCUAUAAUCUGCUUCUAAAAGUUGAACUAAGUUUCCCUCCACUUAUUCUCGUUCAAUGUUUUUCAGUUUCAUUGUACCAUUGGUUCUUCAUCAUCAUCAUCAAUAUCAUGGUGUUGCCUCAAUCGACAUGCAAUCUCAUGUCAGCAAAGAAUAAGCAAGUGGCCCAACCUGAAAUCCAGAAGCCUAGAUGGCUUGAUGCUUUCCUGAGAAACAAGUUUUUUGAGCAGUGCAAGGAUCAUCCAGAGCGCAAGAAUGAGUUGAACAAAUACUGUAUAGACUGUGAUCAGGCAGUUUGCCAGUAUUGCAUUUCAUUAGGUCAUCAAGACCACAUCACACUUAAGGUCUACAGACAUGUUUACAAAGAUGUUGUCUCCAUUGGUACUAUGGAUAAGUAUAUUGACUGCUCAGAAAUUCAGCGCUACAAAUCCAACAAGCGAUUGGUUAUUUCUCUGAAUCCUCUCCCGCACAGUGGUUCGACAUCCAACAAUGAGGCAUCAUGCAAUACCUGCACUAGAAAGUUGAAUGAACCGAAUCUAUAUCGCUACUGCUCCAUUUCUUGCAAGGUCAAGGCUAUUUCGCUAGAACCUAAUGAUUUGGUUCCUGCCGUAAUUCCUGACCAGAACCACAAUGCUCCUCAGGAAGGACCGGAUAUUCCUACUCAGGAAAGACCAGAGGCAAAUGCCGAACUCCCAAGGCCAAGAAAGAGAAGAAGAAAGGGAACACCACAUCGAGCUCCAUUCUUCUAAGAGCCUCCAGUAGAUCACAUGUCCUUCUUGCAUUUGCAUAGUCUGAAUAUGCAGGAUUCGAAGCAUUUUGAUUCAAUUUUGUUAUCAAGACAAUGAAAUUAUUACUUGAGUUAUACUGAAGUUCAGAAAUGUUUGAAUUCUAUUAAUUUUUUGGCUUAAACUUCCAGAUUAUCCUGUGGAAGAAGUACAUUAUGGUGUUUUUACUUCUCUUUGGUUCUGAUAGUUUGGGGUUAAACUUCCUUUUACCAUGUGGCACAACAUUAUGUUGUUUUAUAAUAUAUUUGUUUAUUUGUUAGUCUUUC